AGCGCGUGAUGAGGUGGCGAAGUUCCAUUCCGUCUAAUCUGAUCGGCUCCACACCCCGCCGUCUCUUCCAAGUUUUGCCCAAUUAAAUCCCGAAGCUUCACUCAUCAGGCAAGAAACAAAAAUUCAUCCAGGAAGCUUCCCUCAUCGGCCAGUUGAAUAUAAUCACAAGAAUUUCUUAUCAUACUAGCGCUAUUAUAGGCGUUUGGGAGCGUCAAAGGCCCAAACAAAAAAAAAAAAAAUUCUGUGGCUUAUAAGAAGAGUUUAUCCUCGAAACAGAUUGGCUUCCGCUUGAAUUGAAGUGAUGAGGUGGCAAAGAGGGAAGCAGGGCACCUAUGGAAAUGUUUUCCAAACACCUCAUAGGCCAAAAAAAAAUGAAACCAUGCCCAAAACUCCACCAAUCUUCCAAUGGAACCUCCUUUUUCUUCUAAUUCUGCUUUCACAUUUCUCUCACUCAUCUUUGGCUGACGUCGGCACCGCUUCUCAGUACUCUCCCCCAUAUAUACCGACAGAAUGUUACGGAACUGAUUCGUCGCAGUUCCCGUCGAGCAAUCUGUUUGCGGCGGCCGGAGAUGGGAUCUGGGACAAUGGAGCAUCGUGCGGGAGGCAAUAUAUGGUGAGAUGUAUAAGCGCUUCGACGCCGAGGACUUGUAUACCUGACCAGACCAUUCUUAUUAAGAUCGUCGACCACGCCGCCACCGUUGCUUCCCAACCUUCAGCUCCCGGUACCACCGUCGUUCUUUCUCAGACUGCUUUCGGAACCAUUGCUAAUUCAACUGCUUCUUCCAUCAAUAUUGAAUUUCAACAUACCAGGACUUCCGUGCAUUAUAUGAUAAACCAAUGAGAAGGGAGUUUUUCAUUGUCAACGAACCUUCUUGCUUGCCUUCCUCUCGAUGGAAGCUAAUCUUUCUAUGAAGGCUAUCGAUUAGUCCGUGUUUCGUAUAAUAGUCUACGUUUGGUGUCAAAUUUGCCAAACCCGUUUCACCAAACAUAACUACUGCUACUUUUUCUUGUGUACCAAACUGAAAAAAAAAAAAAAAAAAAAAAAAACACCUAGUAAAUAAUUAGCUUCCAUUAAUUCCACCCAUGAUCACAAUUUGUAGUCAAAUACGAUUGUGAGGUCAAUAGUUCAAAACUUCGAAAUGAGAAAGAAAAUUAUUAUAAAUAAUAAUAAAAAAACAUAUAUUUUAUGAUCCAAAAAAUAUGCUUGACAUGUAUUUGGUAUUAAAAUAUUAAAUAUAUCAACAUUCAACACAAAGUUUUGUUGUUUAGUUAAUGUGGUUUUUUCCAAACAAUUACUUGUACCAAAAAUCAAUUUUGAAAUUGAGCAAUAAUUUGUCUGCAUAUUAAAGAUUGAGAUAUGGAUUGCCAAGUCCUGCUUGAAAGGGCUGAUCCUUAUAACAUAAAUUCUUAAUUGAUAAGAAAUAAAUAUUUGGGAAUUUUGGAUCAUCUAGUACACUUCAACGUCUUAGAAUGGGAAGAGUUUUAAUUACUUAGCACCAAAAUUAUACUAUUUAGUACUAACUAUAAAUAUUUAUUAUUAUUAUUAGAAAAACAAUAUACGGAGAGGAAAGCUAAUUUAACAUACCUUAAAUGAACUUACACGCAAAGCAAUAUUUGAUGAUGUAAAAAAGUUGCAUAUGAAGAGUAAAGUCUUAUUAUCUAGAAGUAACUUUAUGUGUCAUCCAGAAGAAGAUAGCAUUAAGUUAAUGCAUGUCGAUGUCACGAAUUCUGUGUAUUAAUUUAUGGAAGCACAAUGUGUAAUGCAAUUUGAAUUCAGAUUAUUGUUCAAAAAACAAUAACUAUUAUUAUUGAUUUAUUUAUGUAGGGAUAUAUAUUGCAAUUUAAGUGCUUACUAAAUUA